AUGCCACUUGUUCCACUUGAAAUAGCUGUUGAGCCGCUUGUCCGAAUUCUACCAGCUAUUCAAAGUCAUGCAUAUGUUGCCAAACAGCGAUGUAAGAAUCCUGCCGAUGGAUUGACACAAGAUGAAUCCGCGUCAAUUAUGUUGUACACAAUGGGAUGGAAGCCGCUAGAUAAAUGUUUAUAUUUCGUUUUGAAUGAUACAUUACGCUCAUCAGAUAGGCAACAAAAGCUUGAACCAUGGUAUUUGUUUAUGAGACUCUUCCUUAAUGCACUCUUUCGCCUUCCUUCGCUUUCUAAAACUGCGUACAGAGGUGUUAAAUUAAAUCUAAGCAAGCGUUAUACUGAAGGAAAAACAAUCGUCUGGUGGGGUUUCUCGUCUUGUACAACGGUUGUUAACGUUCUCAAUUCGGAUCAAUUUUUGGGAACGAAAGGUGAUCGUACAAUGUUUACCUUACAUUGUCUAGCGGCUAAAGAUAUUCGUAAGCAUUCUUAUUUUCCAGCUGAAGAUGAAGUACUUUUGAUGGCUGCUACUCAAUUCAAAGUAAUCGGUUAUCUUAAUCAAGGUGAUCUUCAUAUAAUUCAAUUGGAAGAGACUCGGCCGCCAUAUCCACUUUUACUGCCAGUGCCAAUUGUUGCUUCAUUAUCGAUCGAUCCAAUUCCUUCAAGUAAAUGA